AUGUCGAUGUCGUUCCUACCGCGUGGCAUUUCAUCCUUUCUGUUCAAAUCGUUUGCAGUCGGUUCGACGAGCGUUGCUGGCAGAACGGCUCCUGCCAACCAGUCGCUGUUUCAUUCGACCAGCAACACCGAACCGGAUGACGCGAUUCAAUUCGAAAAACUUUACACCGUGGGCAGCGUUUGCAUCCACCUGUUCGUGACCCUUGCUCUCACGGUCAUCUCGGUGAUCUACACACUGCAGCAAUGUGAUUCUGACACCGUCUGCCUGUACUACUACAUGCUACUAUAUCUGCGAGGAGUUUAUUGGGCAAUAAUAUACCUGGUCCAUUUGUACAGCAAAAGCCGCCAUCAGUGCCUCAAGCGUAGCGGUCAUCAUACGUUCGCCCGGAAGGUUCAUCGCCACAAGAAGGCGAGUCUGCAGCUAGUUACUGUCUCCAACGCGGUGCUGCUGACGGUGCACACAGCCAUGAGCCAAGUUUACCGUGGGCCGUUCCUGGAGCGGUGCUUCGUCGAAGGAUUCUCGUCUGUGCUAUUCGUUGCAUCCUUUACUUUGCUCGAAUCCCUCAUCAUUGUGCCGAUACAGUUAUCCUACAUCGUUCAUGUGCUUGUGUUCAACCAAACUCGACCUUCGCCUGAUGUGUUGCAAAAGCCCGAUACAGUCAGUAUGAACAUUGUUCCCAACGACGAUUACAGUGUUAACGAAAGCUUCAAAAGCGUGACCGAUACGAAAGAGUUCAUCCAACUGCAAUCGGUUAUGAUAAAAAAGCAAAGAAGCGAAAAUGCAAAUCUUCGUGCCAAAAUUCGGGAAGCACGUGAAAAACUGGAAGUUGUUGCCAACCAAUCCGUGAACUAUUCGAUUGCUGAGCAGUCUCUAAUCGGAGGAUAG